UGUUUUCCCCACCCUUCAACGGUUACCUCUCGUAUAUGUAAUCCUGCCAAAAUCUCUCCAUAUAAAUUUAGAUACUUCCAUACACACAAAAUCUUACCCCCAGUUAAUCAUAAAAAGAAUGACCCACCUCAGUUUCUUCUUCUUAUUCUUCUUCUCGGGUUUCAUUUCUUCUUCAUCUUCAAACAACUCUGUGGAUUUCAACCCUCUUCAGUCCUUCAGGUCUUCUUCUGACCCCGCCGGCCUCCUCUCCUCGUGGGAUCCAGAGACCGAUCCUUGCUCUGGCUCUUGGGUCGGCGUUUAUUGCCACAAUGGCCAAGUCACAAAGCUCGUGCUAGAAGAGCUCAGGCUCAAUGGAACCAUAGAAGCUCUAGCUCGGCUUCCUCAUCUCACAGUCCUCAGUCUCAAGAACAACCACCUCUGUGGCUCUCUCCACCUCUUGAGCCUCUCUCUAUGGCAACCUCACCUUAAACUCCUAUUUCUGUCAAAUAAUAAAUUUUCUGGUCCUUUUCCUGAAUCAAUCCUCCACCUUCGUCAUCUCCAUCGCCUCGAUCUUGCAGGGAAUCAAUUUUCAGGUGUAAUUCCUGCCAGUAUCGGCAUUCUCCUUCCACAUCUCCUCACUCUUCGUCUUGAGAAAAACUUGUUCACUGGUGAAAUUCCAGGCUCAGUUGGCAAAAUUCAAAGCCUUGUCGAUCUAAAUGUCUCUUACAACCAUCUCGUUGGUGAGAUCCCGAAGAAUCUGUCGUUUUCUUCUUCAUCAUUUAUAGGAAACUUGGCAUUAUGUGGAAACCCUGUAGAGGAUUGCCCGAAACAGGCAAUGCCUACCUCAUACAGCGACAAGAAGAAGAAGAAGAAGAAAAAGAAAAAGAAACAUUGGAUUCUGAUAUUGUUUCUGAUUAUCAUUAUCCUUUCAAUAUCAGCAGUGUUGCUGGCUGCUUUCUUGAUUUUCAUGCAACGGAGAUGUAGGACAAGAGAAGGGAAAGGGGAUAGAGGAAGCGAAGAUGAGAACCCGAAGGGAACAAAAGAGGAGAGGCUUGUGUUCUUCGAAGGGUGCGAAGAGUUUGUGAUGGAGGAUCUGAUGAGGGGGUCAGCGGAGAUGCUGGGGAGAGGGGUGGUGGGGUCCACGUACCGAGUGGUGAUGGAGUUGCUUAAAGAGAUUGGGAGGUGGAGACUUCCCAAUGUUGUGAGCUUGUUGGCUUAUUAUUCAUCCGAGGAUGAACUUUUAUUGGUCUUUCAGUAUGUGCAUAGAGGGAGUCUCUAUAAUCUUCUUCAUGGAAACAGGGGACCGGGAAGGAUUCCAUUAGACUGGUCAGCAAGAUUCAAGAUAGCAUUAGGUGCAGCAAAAGGUCUCACUUUCCUCCAUGAAACAUCCAAAUCAAAGCUCUCUCACCAACACCUCACUUCUUCAAACAUCCUUGUCGACGAAGACAACAAUGCACUCAUCUCAGACUUCGCCCUGCAUCAGCUUCUAGCUCCACCAACACUCACCUCAUCAUCACAAGACCCAAUAAGAAAAAACACUUCAAAAUGCGAUAUUUAUAGCUUCGGGGUAGUCCUCUUAGAAAUCUUGACAGGAAAAGUCGAAGGCGAAGGUGAAAUGGAUCUUGUCAAGUGGGUACAGAUGGUUGUGAGAGAGGAAUGGACAGCUGAAGUUUUCGAUAUAGAGCUGUUGAGAUGUAGAGGGAUGGAAGAUGAGAUGGUUGCUCUCCUUCAGAUAGCUUUGCUUUGCUUGACUCCUGAUACUAAAUGUCGUCCAAAGAUGAGCGUUGUUCAUAAGAUGAUAGAAGAUAUUAAAGAUCGGCGUUUGAGAAGAGGAAGAGGAUCUUUCUCACCUUCUGGUAAUGAUAGCUCGAAUCAAUCCUCUCCUGGUAUAUCGGAUGAUAACGCAACAUUCACUAGUGGACGAUCUUCUUAACUUUCAUUCAUUUCUUAUGGAUUUAAGUUUCUAUACUAAUGAGGAAAAAUUGAAUGCUUGCUUAAAUUUUGCAUCAUAUCCAUCGAUUGUCUGGCGGUUGGAUGGGCCGUUAUAAUUGAUGUGUGGUUGGAACUACU